ACUGUUUUCCUGGCCGGACCGACGCGGCGCCAAGCUUUUCGCGUGAAUUGUUUUGUGUUUUAGGCUUAAUUCGGGUGGGAAAACGCAAAAUGACUGAUUUCAAUGCUUCCGCAGCGAUGUUGCCUUUGGAUGAGUACUACGAGCAUUGCGUAGUACCGAAACCAAAGGUACCACCCCGGUAUACCAGCCAUCCGGUCCCAAAGAGGAGCAAACGUCAGGCGGGGCGCUUGCGAUCGUACAAGGAUGCGGGUCAAGAUGAUGAGGACGAAGACGAGGAUGACGAUUUCGAAAGCUCCGAGCUGGAGACCAACUGCCAAGAUGAUGGCGACACUAUGGGUCAGAUGAACUUCGAGUUGAACGACUUCAACAAGAUGUACAGGGAGGAGGAGUCGCUCCACCCGGAACUCUCACAAAGCUCCGCCCAGUGGCGCAUUCAUGGCAACAAUGUGAACCGGCCAGCGGGAUCUGCUCCUCUGGUUCCCAAUGACCAGACACGUGGCCACGUCAAGUCGCGUCUUGACCUUCGCGAUGAGUCUCGCGUCUGGAAUGUCAACAACAACCAGAGGCGUCAUCAAAACAACUUCCAUCGCCGUCAGCAGAACGGCCAGGAACAGCGCCUGCGCACCGCUUACAACGCCUUCAGCAGCAACCAAUCUAAUCAUUCCAAUCAGCCAACCGACGUACUAAUUAAUGUACAAAAUCAUUUUCCAAACUAUCAACAGGGAGCCAGCGAUCUGAUGGGCCACUAUGGCCAUUACGAUUCGGCCAACUCAAGUUCGAUCACCUCUCUCAUCGAUUCGGUGUCCCAUAUUCCGGAUAAUCGUGUCAGGAAUCGUUUGGGCUGUGAAACCAUUUCGCGUGCGCCGAAUGCCUUUAACCCAUUCCCGGUGCCGAGCACGGUCCCCACCAUGGUUGAUUUAGACGGUGAUGAUUUGAGUAAAAUGGCCCACAACGUGCUGCUUUUGCUCAAGAGCGCCGCCCAAAGAAGCCAACAGUCUUCCUUCUAAUUUUUCCAGAACAUCAGAGAAAGAGGCCCACAGUGAUGCUAUGCCGGAACUGGCUGGACAGUAGCAGCAGCAUCACCAGACAACCUACUGCAAGUUAGACUUAGAGAGCAGACCUAUGAUAAGAUUACUUUAAGUUCCAACUACAUGAUAACCAAAUUCAAAUAAGUAGGAUUGGCGGGCACUUUCUGUGUGAAUUCUGGCUCGGCUCAGAGCAAGAAGAAGACUUGGAGGAGGGCCAGUGAAUGGCAGUGAAUAGUAGCCGACAGAGGUCUUUUUUUUUUAUAUACAGAAUACAUAUUUCGGCUGAUAAGAAACAGGCUGGCCCGCUUAUCAGCAAUGCCCAACAAGAAGCAGUACACACGGACGGUCGAGAUGUGAGAAGCGAAAGCGGACGAAAAUAGAAACAAACGGCGAUAAAUUUACAGCGAAGGCGAAUUGUCAUACAUAAGCGAUGUGCCGCAGAGGAGUAGAGUAAUAAUCAAUCAGUUAAUCUGCCAAUUAGCCGGAGAGUGGACGUGAAAAUGAUCAGCGGGAACGGAUAGCGCGAUAGUGAGCAGUGAUCGUAACUCCGGAUAGUUCUAAACACUAACCUCAACACGUAGUUAUUUCGUAUUUGUUGUUAAAGCACCGACAAAGCCAGCCAACAUAUCAAAGAGCCAUUGAUUCUUCUCACCUAGUUAACUUGUAGAGCGUAGUUUUUGCAGCGGUACUGACUACUCAGCUGAAAGAUUUUCCCAAAGAAUUCGAAAUAAAUUUAAAUCAGUACUCUAAA